AUGGCGGAGAGGAGCUUGGAUUUUCAGCUAUACAAUAGUAUGACGAAGCAGAAAGAGGUAUUUAAGCCGAGAAUCGAGGGCAGAGUCGGAAUGUACGUCUGCGGCGUAACCUCUUACGACCUUAGCCAUAUCGGCCACGCGCGUGCCUACGUGGCGUUCGAUGUUCUCUACAGAUAUUUGAAGCGUUUGGGAUACGACGUUGUUUACGUCCGUAACUUUACUGAUGUCGAUGAUAAGUGUGGUCUUUAUUCUAUGGAUCUGAGCAGUGGAGUAUUUCAGAUUAUCCGUCGAGCAAACGAGGUUGGGGAGGAUCCAAUAGCAUUAAGUGGCAGGUUCUGCCAAGAGUUCGUUAGUGACAUGGCUGAUCUCCAGUGUCUACUGCCAACUCACCAGCCACUGGACGAUUUCCUGAAUUAUGGUAUUCUAUCUGGACGCAAAUUAGAAGACAACAGAGCUGGCGAAAGAGUUGCUGUCGAUGGAAGGAAACGUAAUCCUGCAGAUUUUGCCCUGCUGCAAAGCCAGGGGAGCCCCAAUGGGAGAGCCCGUGGGGCCCAGGGAGGCCAGGCUGGCAUAUUGAAUGCAGUGCAAAGUUCUCACUACCUAACUCAUGCUUUUGAUAUUCAUGGUGGUGGGAUGGACUUGAUAUUCCCUCAUCAUGAGAAUGAAAUUGCCCAGAGUUGUGCGGCUUGCCCAGAGAGCAAAAUUAGUUACUGGUUGCACAACGGUUUUGUCACGGCCAAUGAGGAAAAAAUGUCCAAGUCCCUGGGAAACUUUUUCACUAUUCGCGAGGUUACAAAGAUGUACCAUCCACUUGCACUGAGGUACUUUCUAUUGGGUACCCAUUACCGUUCCCCGGUCAAUUAUUCGAUAUCGCAGAUUGAAAUUGCAUCGGAUUCGGUUUUCUACUUGUAUCAGACUUUGGAAGAGUCUGAAGAUGCUUUAUCUGAACCAAAAGAAGAGACGGAAGGAAAUGCAAAACCCGCCCGUAUUGGCUCUGAUGCACAUGAAUGCAUCAAAAAGCUGCGGAAGGAGUUUGAGGCAAAAUUGGCAGAUGAUUUGCACACACCCACAAUCUUGACUUCUUCUCUUCAGGAAGCCUUGAGAUUUAUGAAUACUUGCCUAACCAAGCUGAAGCUAAAUGUUGGGCAACUGUUUGACAGGUUUUUGGAGCAACUGAAAGACAAAGCUCUAAAGAGCGCAGGUGUAACCCAAGAAGAGGUUUUGCAGUGUAUUGAAGAAAGAACAUUAGCUCGAAGGAGUGAUCUUGUGGCAAAAGGAAUUGCUUUAAUGGAUAUUGGGAAAGACAGUUUGGAGGCCUUGUGUGCCCGUGCAACAAGAAAAGAAAGGUUUGCCAGUUCAGAAAGAGAACUCGCCUGA